UUCUAGGUGUUGGCUGCCAAUUGUAGAGUGCAAAUGAAAAGUUACGGAUUGGUGUCUUCGUUGACUAAAAUUUUCACUUGUUAAUACUUGUCUAAUUAAAGCUAUCUGUUGAGGAUAGUUAACACAUUUUGUUAAGUGUAAAACCAGAUUUUAAGUUGAACAGCCAAAAGAAGCAGGCUACCUAAAAAAUAGGCAACAGAAAGGAAAAUUUUCAUUAUCUUGCUGCAAACAAGAACAUUUUUAAAAGAUAAAUCCAUUUUGAGUCAAAAAUCCGUUACGCUAAACCUUAACAACAAAAAACCGGACAUUUUAGUGAUUUUAACAGUGUGGAACAAGUGUGUGUCGCUUAAGCUGCCAUCAAUAAAAAUAUAUUUCGAACAAAUAGAAAAACAACCGAAAACCAAUUGUGCAGCAGACACACAAGUAAAGUGUACGAAACCAAUAAUAAUAAACUGAAAUCAGUUUUGUCGCCAGUCUAUGGAAUCUCAAUAACAAAAAAAAAAUCAUUCAAGAUAAUAGAGAUAUGAUAGAAAAAUAUAUUUCUUAGCAGCGAUCUUUUUACACUAUACGCACCACAGUUCGAUAUAAAUGUGGUAAUAUUUUAAGUUUUCAGAGUUUCGAUAAACAAACGACAUCGUUUUACGAAAAGGAUUCAAAGAACAAAAUGUGUGUAUAGUGCAUGAAAAAAAGAGCCACACGACACCAAUAAGGAUUGUCUAUUGACACUUAAUCCAUGGUCAGCUACUAGGACGUGAAAAAAAGCAAAUUCCAAAAGAUUGUCAACGCCGCAAGGAUCUGCUAAUUCAUAGGACGAUACUAACUCGCUUCACAAGAAUCACAACUUCCGCCACCCCAGCAUAACUAAAGAGCCUUCGCCGAGUACAUACAUCGGGAAAGACGUGCAUAAAAGAUUCAAAAACAACAGAAAAAAUAAUCAGCUUAGCGAUAAAAGAUGAAUGAACUGGACAGUCUUAGGCAAGAAGCCGAAUCCCUUAAAAAUGCUAUACGGGAUGCUCGCAAGGCCGCCUGUGACACAUCCUUGUUGCAGGCAGCUGCCUCUCUGGAACCUAUCGGACGCAUACAAAUGCGCACCCGACGCACGUUGCGUGGCCAUUUGGCGAAAAUUUACGCGAUGCAUUGGGGCAACGACUCCAGAAACCUUGUAUCAGCUUCACAGGAUGGCAAGCUAAUUGUUUGGGACUCGCACACCACGAAUAAAGUGCACGCCAUUCCACUGCGAUCUUCGUGGGUUAUGACCUGCGCGUACGCUCCAUCGGGCAGCUAUGUUGCUUGCGGUGGUCUCGACAACAUGUGUUCAAUUUACAACUUAAAGACGCGCGAGGGUAAUGUCCGUGUGUCCCGAGAGCUUCCGGGUCAUGGUGGCUAUCUAUCAUGCUGCCGCUUCCUGGACGACAAUCAAAUCGUUACCAGCUCAGGUGAUAUGUCAUGUGGCCUUUGGGAUAUCGAGACUGGCCUGCAAGUUACUUCAUUCCUGGGCCACACAGGAGAUGUUAUGGCUCUUUCACUAGCUCCGCAAUGUAAAACCUUCGUUUCUGGCGCAUGCGACGCUUCUGCUAAGCUGUGGGAUAUUCGGGAGGGUGUUUGUAAACAAACAUUUCCAGGCCACGAAUCUGAUAUCAACGCAGUAACCUUUUUCCCGAAUGGACAAGCGUUUGCAACCGGAUCGGAUGAUGCAACCUGUCGCCUAUUUGACAUACGCGCCGAUCAGGAGCUUGCUAUGUACUCUCAUGACAACAUUAUUUGUGGCAUUACCUCUGUGGCGUUUUCGAAGAGCGGCCGCCUGUUAUUGGCGGGAUAUGACGACUUCAACUGCAAUGUGUGGGACACGAUGAAAGCUGAACGGUCUGGUAUUCUUGCCGGCCACGAUAACCGUGUAUCAUGUUUGGGAGUCACUGAAAAUGGCAUGGCUGUGGCAACUGGAUCGUGGGAUUCCUUCUUGCGUGUAUGGAACUAAGCGAGAUUAAAAAUUCAUUAUUGGGUGGGGUGGGGUCAACGGUUGCGCAGUCAGCGGUUAGUGGUACACCAUCUGCAUUGUGAUCUGAUGUACAUGCUUUGGUGUAACCUCCCUGUGCUUAAUUUAUAAUGAGUGUCUGCAGGUUUUGAAAAAGUGGGCGCAGCGACGUUGACUAGAAUGUAGACCACAACAACAAAGAACUUUAUAUACAACAUUAUUUAUAUUGCUAUAUACUUAUUAACUUAAAUUAUACAACAAACCAAAACGCAACAUACAAAUAGACAUACACACGCAUACAAGAAUAUUAUUAGUGUAAAUUCAAAACAGAAUAUAAUGAAGGCCCGGCCCCGCUGAUAGUCAAUCAGAAAGUUGUUUUGUCAGAAUUCGGGUUACAGUUACGGUUUAAAACGUACAUACAUACGUACAGAAAAAUUACUUCAUGUCUUAUUUAUUGAGUGGACGAGUGCACGACCAGGAGUACAACACCAUGACGCAUUAGUCGUUUGCACAUUGAAACAACUACAGUAUCAUUGAAGGAAUGUAUGACUUCAAACAAGAAAUGCAAUUUUUCGCGUAUAAACAUAACUUCAGAAAGUAAAUCCUGAUGAAGUGAAGUCAAAUAAAGUUAAAGCAUUUACAAAAUAAAAAAAUCACAGCAAAAACUAAAAGUAUAUUAAAAUUAUUGCGUAAAAAACUUUAAAAAUCAAGUAAUGAAAAAAGUAAACAACACUUUAUAACAAAAAUUUUCUUAUUAUGAUUAAGUCCUUAAUUUAUAUACAAAAAACAAAAAAUAAUGAUUUAAAUAACAUACUUAUGUAUUAGUGAACAACUAUUUACAUAUAAUACGAUGGCCAUAUAAGCUACAACAAUAAAUUGAAAAACCACUUUAAAUCCUACAAUACAUAAACGAUUCAUAAAUGUUUAACAAAAUCUUAACAUACAUACAUACAUACAUAUGCAUACAUAGAAUAGCGGAAGUAAUGGGUGGAGAAGUAAAAUACAAAACAUAAAUUUUGCAAUAACAGCGCUUGAAAGUAAUAGAUACAUACUAAAUUUAAUAGAAACAACAAUUCGGUUCCAUUGUUUUCCCCCAUAUGUUACUAGGUUUUUCAGUGUGUUUGAAUUUCUUUUAUUGUUAUCUGCAAGAAAAGACUUUCUUCAUACAAAUAUUUAUCAUUUACUGUUUUUAUAUGUUUGUUUGUUGUCUUUUUUUACAGCAGUAUAACCCAUAUCCAUGCGUCAUGCGUCACGGUUAGACUUUUUCCUUAGCAUUUUCGAAUUUUUUGAAGCUCUUUUCGUAUACUUGCAGAUACAGAGUUUAACAUACUGCUAUUCCACUUAUUCAGUAUGCAUGGAU